UAGGAGAGGGGAAAUAAGUACAUAGAAGUCAUUAAAGCUAGCUACUGGUGGUUCCCAACCACCGCAAUGCUGCCGGAGAUCCCGCCGGCGCCACCACCUGGAAGUUAACUCUGCGCUCCGACAUACAUUUUCCGUCAGUGAUCUUAUUUGUUAACAAAUGUCGGGUUUGAAUUCCGGCAAGCAGGCGACGGCACGCGCCCUGAAUCACCGCGUGCUCACUUGCCUCCACAAGCUCUCCGACAGGGACACACACUCCGCCGCCGCGUCGGAGCUCGAUUCCAUCGCUAAAACCCUCUCCGCCGCCGCCCUUCCGCCGUUCGUCUCGUCGAUCGCGGCCACCGACUCCUCCGACAAGUCGCCGGUCCGGCGGCAGUGCCUCCGCCUCGUCUCCGUACUCUCCGAGCACCACGGGAACUCCCUCUCUCCCCACCACUCCAAGCUCCUGUCCGCCGUCGUCCGCCGCCUCCGCGACCCGGAUUCCUCCAUCCGCGCCGCCUGCGUCGCCGCCUCCCUGUCACUCUCCUCAAACCUAACAUCCCUUCCGUUCACCUCCAUAUCCAAACCCUUCCUCGAUUCCCUCUUCUCCGAGCAGGACCCCAACGCCCAAAACGGCGCCGCAUUGUGCUCGGCCGCGAUAAUCGAAGGAUCGAAGAAUCCAGACGCGGCUGCUCUGAGAAGACUGUUGCCGAGGCUCGAAAAGCUGGUGAAAAGCGAGGGUUUCAAGGCCAAACCCUCGCUUUUGUCUCUGAUCGGAAGUGCCGUGGGGGUGAAGGGAGUACUCAAUAAUGGUGGGAAAAGUAUGAUCGGAAAUUCGAUCGCGUGUUUGGUGGAGUUCUUGAGCAGUGAAGAUUGGGCUUCGAGGAAGGCCGCCGCGGAAGCCUUGACAAAGAUCGCCACCGCCGCGGCCGGAGAAAACGAUGCCCUGUCGGAGCACAAAGCCUCGUGCCUGAAAACGUUCGAGUCAAAGAGAUUUGACAAGGUGAAGGCGACAAGAGAGACGAUGAAUAAGAUGAUCGAGGCGUGGAAGGAGAUUCCGGAUCUACCUCAGCUGCUUUCCGCUCCACCCGAAUCAGAGGACUCAUCUAAAGAAAAUGGUAGCAACGAACGUGACCCACAAUUUACUGAUCAACCAAGGAAAAGAACUCCUCUGGGUCCAAACGAAAACAAAGUAGGUCCAGGAAUAUUCCGGAAGCUAGACCCGAAAAAGCCCUCCGUCUUAAACGAAGAAAUCAUCGCUCAGAGUCGUUCAAAUAAAUACGAACAGGAUUUGAAAAAGCCAGAUAUCAAACGAGCCCUUUUCAACGAUGUGAAGCAGAAGAAGCUCGGUUUGUUUAAAGGUGGUUCUCGAGUUGUUCCGUGUGGUGAUGACGGUGUCGUCUUCAGUAAUGAAACUGGAGAUAACUGUAGGAACCAGAACCGGAGAGAGUGCGAAGACCUAUCUCUGAUCCGAAAGCAACUUCUUCAGAUCGAAAAUCAGCAAUCGAGCUUAUUCGAUCUUCUCCAGAGAUUUAUCGGGAGCUCGCAGAACAGUAUGAAUUCCCUUGAGACACGUGUUCAUGGUCUCGAGCUUGCGUUGGACGAAAUAUCGUUCGAUUUGGCUCUUUCGAAUGGAAGGGUGUCUCGUAAUAGUAGCAAUGCAGGAUCAAUGUGUUGCAAAGUACCUGGUACGGAGUUUUUGAGCUCGAAGCUGUGGAGAAAAGCAGAAGCUCGAUAUUCAGCUUCUCGUUUUCCUGCUUCUGGUGAUAAUAUUGAAGGCUCUUUGUCGGAAAAUCGGAGGCAUCUGCUUCGAGGUGGCCGUGGGCUUAUAAUGAACCCUUUGGCGAAAAAAUCUGCUGGAUUUUCGAAUGUUCUCUCGGAUGGAGUUGUGUAUAGUAGUGUUGUUUGAUGUAUGUAUUUUGCUUAUAUAUACGAUACGUGUAUUCUGUGAUAUAAUCGAUAAUCAAGACACCUCUCUUCUGCUUCCCUUUUUUUGCCCUUUUGUUUUUUUUUUUUUACCAAUUUUCUUUUCAUUAUUUGUUGACCUUGAAAUUUUAUAUGAUAGCUUAGGAUGUGUAAUGAUGGUAGUAACAUGCCUCAACGAUGAAGGGUUUGAACCUUUUAACAUAUAAAUGUCUUCAUUUGCA